AUGGCACGUUUAACAGCAGCAGAAAAACAAAAGCGAUAUCGAGAUAGGCUUAAAAAUAACCCUGAAAAAUAUGAAGAAAACAAAAGAAAACAUAGAGAGCACUACCACAAAGUGAAAAGAUUAGCAAAAGAUUUGUCACCGAAGGAAAGAAAACAAGCUAAUUUGAUUUGGAAACUAAGGCAAAGGGAAUAUAGGAAAAGAAGAAAGAAUCUACAAAGUAUUAUAGAUGUGACACCGCCAAGUUCUCCAUUACCUAGAGUACAAGAUAUUCAAGCAGUCCACCAACCACCACCGGCACCACCGGUUUCAAAUGCGUCUAGAGGGCGAGAACGAAAAAAGUGA